GAUUAAUUUUAGACGGAAAGCCUAACGUCACACAUUUCGUUCCCACGAUGGACAGGAUAUAUAUUGGAUGCAGUGCCCAGAGUCGAUCACAGCAAAGGGAGAAGAAGAAGAAGAAGAAGAACAUCAUCAACAUCAUCAUCUUUUCACUGACAGCAUCAUGAAGACUCUCUGCUUCACUCUGGGGCUGCUGCUUCUCACGGCCUGCUGCUGCAACGCCAUGCCUAAAGCCCUGCGGUCCAUGGCACCUGGAAACUGUUGCUUCAAAGUGUCCACAAACAGUUUACCAUUAAGGCUUGUAUCCGACAUAACCAAGACCCACAGCUCCUGUCCGAAGAAGGCAUUCAUAGUCCAGACUAUCAAAGGAAGAAAGAUCUGCUACAGUGGAACUUUCCCUUGGGCUCUGGAUGUCUACAACCAGCGGCACAACACGGAGGGCAGUGGUCAGAAGCACUGAAGAUGUAUUAUUGUAUAGUACUGUGAUCAAUCAGUGCCUGGUUUUGCAGGCUUAAAUAUGUGAAUUGAGGUGUCUUUUAAUAAAAAAAAUAUUUAAUAUA